UCUCUUGUAUCAAAGUGCUUUCACUCUUUUCACAUCCCAGAGAAAAGGGGACUAUAUAUAUAUAACACUAAAAAUUACAUACAUUUUUCGUGCUGAAGGUACUUGAAAUUGAUGAGAAAAUGGCUAAAUUGUUUGGUAUUUUUGCGUGCUUGUUGAUUGUGGCCUUAGACUCUAUUGCUGGCAUUCUUGGAAUCAAAGCAGAAGCAGCUCAAAACCAGGAAAAGCAUCUUCGUUUGUGGUUAUUCGAAUGUAAAGAGCCAAGCCAUGAUGCAUUUGUACUAGGUGUGGCUGCAGCAUGUCUUCUUGCAAUUGCUCAUGUUCUUGCUAACCUUCUUGGUGGCUGCAGUGUUUGUGCUACUGAUGACAUUAAGAAAGCACCCCCAAGUAGGCAACUAUCAAUGGCUUGUCUUGUUUUUACAUGGAUCAUAAUGGCAAUAGGAAUGGGACUAUUGGUGAUAGGGACAAUGGCAAACAACAAGUCAAGAGCUUCCUGUGGGUUUUCACAUCAUCAUUUUUUCUCAAUUGGUGGAAUCUUGUGUUUCGUCCAUGCCAUCUUUUCUGUUGCGUAUUAUACUACUGCUUCAAUGCUACUUGACCCAUAGUCCAAAUUCCGGUGGGUAAAAUAUCUGAUCCAUCCAUAUUUAACACGGAUAAAAAAUUUUCUUCUUUCCAACGGCACUCCCUUUGCAAAUUCAUGCAUGCUGUAUCUACCUAGAUUGUUAUUUAUUUAUUUUUGUUUCUUGGGCCUGUAAUGUAAUGAAGAUGUUUUGGUAGAUUAAAGCUCUAUGAUUGUGGAUUAAA